ACUUCCUUCUCCUCAGAGCCGUAUCCGGGUCGCUGCUUUCUCUAUUGUUUGGGGCAGGCGGCCUCGCGCUGUGCAAUUUCUGGGUCUUUUGUUGCUCUUGGUGCAGGCUAAUAAAGUUUUUCUUUCUUUAAUUUUUUUCUUCUAGUUUUAACGGGAGAAAUUAACUCCCCAGAGCCGCCGGGGAUUGGCCGCGCUGCCUGGGCCGGAGAGCUUCUCCGGCCGGGAAGCGCCUUGGGAAGGGACUCGAGCUACCAGGGCCUGGCGUGGCCUGGGGGUGGGUGGGGGGCUUAGGGGACGGCGGGGCUACUCUUGGGAGCACCCUUGUCCCGCUGGCGGCGCGCCGGUUUUAAAUAGCAUCUUUCGGACCUGUCUCCGCGGCCCCAGUCCCCGACCUCGGCGCUGCCUGGGCUCCAGCAGCCUCUCCCUAAGUCUCCAAACGACCACCUCACGGAUUCCUUAUGGAUCGCAGCUCCAAGAGGAGGCAGGUGAAGCCUUUGGCAGCUUCUCUGCUGGAAGCUCUCGAUUAUGAUAGUUCAGAUGACAGUGAUUUUAAAGUUGGAGAUGCCUCAGAUUCUGAAGGGAGUGGUAAUGGAAGUGAAGAUGCUUCAAAGGACAGUGGAGAAGGUUCCUGUAGUGAUUCUGAAGAAAAUAUUUUAGAAGAAGAACUGAAUGAAGAUAUUAAAGUAAAAGAAGAACAACUUAAAAAUUCUGCAGAGGAAGAAGUACUAUCAUCAGAAAAACAAUUAAUUAAAAUGGAAAAGAAGGAAGAAGAAGAAAAUGGAGAAAGACCUAGAAAGAAAAAGGAGAAAGAGAAGGAAAAAGAAAAGGAAAAGGAGAAAGAGAAGGAGAAAGAGAAGGAAAGAGAGAAGGAAAAAGAAAAAGCAACAGUAUCUGAGAAUGUGGCUGCUUCUGCUGCUGCCACCACACUAGCCACAAGUCCUCCUGCUGUUAACACAUCCCCUUCUGUUCCUACUACAACAACUGCUACAGAGGAACAAGUCAGCGAGCCAAAAAAAUGGAACCUUCGACGAAACCGACCGCUUCUGGAUUUUGUGUCCAUGGAAGAACUGAAUGACAUGGAUGACUAUGACAGUGAGGAUGACAAUGAUUGGCGACCUACUGUAGUGAAGAGAAAAGGGAGAUCUGCGUCUCAGAAAGAGGGAAGUGAUGGAGACAAUGAGGAUGAUGAAGAUGAGGGAAGUGGGAGUGAUGAAGAUGAGAAUGAUGAAGGCAAUGAUGAAGAUCAUAGUAGCCCUGCCAGUGAAGGGGGUUGCAAGAAGAAGAAGAGUAAAGUUCUUAGCAGAAACAGUGCUGAUGAUGAGGAACUGACCAAUGAUAGCCUGACCUUAUCUCAAAGCAAGAGUAAUGAGGACUCGCUGAUUCUUGAGAAGAGUCAAAACUGGAGUUCUCAAAAAAUGGACCAUAUUCUGAUUUGCUGUGUUUGUCUGGGAGAUAAUAGUGAGGAUGCUGAUGAAAUAAUUCAGUGUGACAAUUGUGGCAUUACAGUCCAUGAAGGUUGUUAUGGAGUUGAUGGAGAGAGUGACUCUAUUAUGAGUUCAGCUUCUGAAAACUCCACUGAACCUUGGUUUUGUGAUGCCUGUAAAUGUGGUGUUUCUCCUAGCUGUGAACUAUGUCCUAAUCAGGAUGGAAUUUUCAAGGAGACAGAUGCUGGAAGAUGGGUUCAUAUUGUUUGUGCCCUGUAUGUUCCUGGGGUAGCUUUUGGAGAUAUUGACAAAUUACGACCAGUAACACUAACAGAAAUGAACUAUUCCAAAUAUGGUGCCAAGGAGUGUAGCUUUUGUGAAGACCCUCGCUUUGCUAGAACUGGAGUUUGCAUUAGCUGUGAUGCAGGGAUGUGCAGAGCCUAUUUCCAUGUGACCUGUGCUCAGAAGGAAGGCCUGCUUUCAGAGGCAGCAGCAGAAGAGGACAUAGCAGAUCCGUUCUUUGCUUAUUGUAAACAACAUGCAGAUAGAUUAGACAGAAAGUGGAAGAGAAAAAACUACUUGGCUCUACAAUCCUAUUGUAAAAUGUCUUUGCAAGAGAGAGAGAAGCAACUAUCACCAGAAGCACAGGCAAGGAUCAAUGCCCGACUUCAGCAGUAUCGUGCCAAAGCGGAGCUAGCUCGAUCCACCAGACCCCAGGCCUGGGUUCCAAGGGAAAAAUUGCCCAGACCACUCACCAGCAGUGCUUCAGCUAUUCGUAAACUUAUGCGGAAAGCAGAACUGAUGGGGAUCAGUACAGAUAUCUUUCCAGUGGACAAUUCAGAUACUAGUUCUAGUGUGGAUGGAAGGAGAAAACAUAAGCAACCAGCUCUCACUGCAGAUUUUGUGAAUUAUUAUUUUGAGAGAAAUAUGCGCAUGAUUCAAAUUCAGGAAAAUAUGGCUGAACAAAAAAAUAUAAAAGAUAAAUUAGAGAAUGAGCAAGAAAAACUUCAUGUGGAAUAUAAUAAGUUAUGCGAAUCUUUAGAAGAACUUCAAAACCUGAAUGGAAAACUUCGAAGUGAAGGACAAGGAAUAUGGGCCUUACUAGGCAGAAUCACAGGGCAGAAGUUGAAUAUACCGGCAAUUUUGCGAGCACCCAAGGAGAGAAAACCAAGUAAAAAAGAAGGAGGCACACAAAAGACAUCUACUCUUCCUGCAGUACUUUAUAGUUGUGGGAUUUGUAAGAAGAACCAUGAUCAGCAUCUUCUUUUAUUGUGUGAUACCUGUAAACUACAUUACCACCUUGGAUGUCUGGAUCCUCCUCUUACAAGGAUGCCAAGAAAGACCAAAAACAGUUACUGGCAGUGCUCAGAAUGUGACCAGGCAGGGAGCAGUGACAUGGAAGCAGAUAUGGCCAUGGAAACCUUACCAGAUGGAACCAAACGAUCAAGGAGGCAGAUUAAGGAACCAGUGAAAUUUGUUCCACAGGAUGUGCCACCAGAACCCAAGAAGAUUCCAAUAAGAAACACGAGAACCAGAGGACGAAAACGAAGCUUCGUUCCUGAGGAAGAAAAACAUGAGGAAAGAGUUCCUAGAGAGAGAAGGCAAAGACAGUCUGUGCUGCAAAAGAAGCCCAAGGCUGAAGAUUUAAGAACUGAAUGUGCAACUUGCAAGGGAACUGGAGACAAUGAAAAUCUUGUCAGAUACCCUUCAUGAGACCCAACUCUGCCACAGCUCAUCCACGGAGGCAAUCCCGGAAACCUCUUUUAUAAGUGUGAUUUUAAAAAUGUGGAUUAAACUCUCAAUAGAGUACAUAAAGUAAAGGAGAACAGCUAUCUUGUCCUUUCUAUAAGCUUAUCACUGCAAAAAGUUGCCUUUUGCUUGUCAGGUUUGGAUAGCAUAUAAUUGAUUGGUUUGUUACUUGGACUAACAAGGCAAUAGAUUUGCCUAUGUGGAUUUUUUUUUCCUAUUUUUCUUCUUUUUUUGCACUAAUCAGAAACAUUUGAUAUGUGCAUUGUUGAAAAAAACUGGAUACAUGUCUUAUCAGAAUUGUCCUAUAAAGUAAUGUCUUUCCCUCUUGCUUCUUUGGCAAAUGAUGAUGCACAGUGUUUGGACGUACUCAAGAGUUACUAAAGCCUGUGGGACUUAAUAAAUACAAUAUGCUACUCCCUGUUGUUGAACAAUACAAGUAACAAACAAGAAAGACAAUGUAUUCCAUUAAUCUGCUAUUCUGUUUCCUUCAACUUAAUACAUAGAUUCAUAUAUGAAGUGCUGCAUUGUAAAACAACUAUAGACUCUUAUAUUGGACGUUAUUUCUAUUUAUAGUAUUCAGCAAAAGUGAAAGACUUGUGAAACAUAUGACAUUCUAUUUUUGACUUAUUAGUCCUAGUGUGAAAUCAUUAAUAAUAUUAGCAUGAAAUUUUUACAAUUUCAGAGUUUAAGCUCAUGAAUAAAAAUACAUCUGUAUUGAUCUCUAGAUAUUUUCUAGUAAUCCCCAAAUAUAUUCAGUCCUUAUUGUUUUAAUAUAAACUUUCUGUGUUCAGUAUAAUUUUAUUUUUCUCAACCUUAAAUAUGAACUUAGGAAAUAAGGAGGGAGAUACAAAGAUUAUUGACUAUACAACCUACCAGCCGAAAGAAAGAUCUUCAUCAACAUCAGUAUCUUUCCAGAGGUAUACUGAAUUAAAUUUGAUCUUCAAGCUUUAAUGAUCCAGUUUUAAGUCAACGGCAGAAAUAUGUUGAAUAUUUCAUCACUCAAUCUUGAACUGACUUAGAGACUCUUUGCUGAAAUUGAAAUGCACAUAUACAUGUAAAUUGUCAACAUGUAAUUUGGAAUUUUCUGAUUAAUAAAUGUGGUUUUGGACAUAUUUUUGGGUACAGUGACAGUGGAAAAUAGUUUAAACUUUAGGAAUAGAAUAGGUGAUGUUAAUUAUCAAAAGCAAUUGUAAUUGUAAAGCAGCUGUAAUCCAGUAAUCUCUAGUUACAGUGAGGAACCCUAUGAUUGGAUGAAAUGUUUGAUAAAAAUAAAAUGUGUAUGUAAUUACAUAUAAACAGAUUAUGAACUUACCGAAGGAUCUCCUAACAUUGGGGGAGAAAUAUUCAUACUCUUUAGCAAAACAAGUAGCCUUUUUUUUUUAAAGAAUAAGAUGGGACUAGUUAUCACUAUAUAAGCUGAAGGAAAUGUUGGUAAUUAUUACUUUUGCUGGACUCUGGCUGAUUUUAAGCGAAACAACAGAUUGCCAUUUUCUAAGUGAAAUAUACUAAUAUAUUAGACCAUGGCCCUUUUUAAAUAUUUAGUGAGAAAUUACUAGCAGUUGCUUUAUUUUAGGUUUUUUGAGAAAUUGUUAGGCCUUGUUUUGGUAUCACUGUUAAUCAAAAUCCUUUUCACUUUGAUUCUAAUUAGAAUACUGUAUUAUUCUCCAUCUUGCGUUUUUGGUGGUGGUGGAUAUACUACUCCUCGUUUGAUGCUAGUGCUAGUCUUAAGAAUCUUUGUCACAUGUUUUACAUAAAAAUUGCAAAAUUCAUAAGAUACAGACCCUGCAAAAAGUAAGUUGAAAUAAGAGAACUUUUGAAGUAACUAGAAUAGAGUGCUUUCUCCUAAUAAUCUCUUAAAUGUGCUCAUAGCCACAGUAUAAAAUUAUUCCCUGUCCAUAAUUGGUCCAACUGCUAUAAGGAGAAAAUUGAUAUGUGCUUAAGAAAAUAUGUACUAAGUGAUUCAUAUUUCAUAGUCGAACAUAAGAGAAAAAGACACAUCAGUAAAUGAUGGUUGUUUAUCACACAGUAGGGAAAGGAAGAAACAUUAACAUACCAGGAAGGAAAUGAAUGUCUCUGAAAUACAAGAAGAAUGACAAUAGUAAGUAAUGGUUCUCAAACUUUGUGCAUCAGAAUCACAGGAAAAUUUGUUAAAACACAGGAGACUACCCUGUCCUCUCCUCAUCCUCCUUCCACCCACAUUAUUCCCUCCUCAUUCUCCCUGAGUUUCUGAUUUAGUAGAAAAUUUGCAGUUCUAGCAAAUUCCCAGGUGAUGGUGAUGCUGCUGGCUUGGAACAGCAUAUUAAGAACCAUUUUUAGGUAGUAUUUUUUUUUUUAAAUCAUUGUGUUGUGCUCAACAUUGAUUGACAAAGGAAUGUGCUUUUUAAAUCUCCCUAAAAGGGCCCUUAGAUUUCCUCUAGAUUCCUCUAAUUUAUUCUAGAAAUUGGUAAUUCCAUCUUCAACAUGUGCAUUUUUUUUAUUUUACAAAUUUAAAUAAAUGUUUGUUUUACACUGACUAUGAAAACAACAGUAUUUUAGAUACAGAAAGAAAUCAAUAAACAUAGCCUGUGUUCACAAUUCACUAAUCCUUUUGUUAUAAAGACUUGAAAUUAAGAUUAUGUUUGAACAUGAAAACAAAACUUAGCCUUUAUCUGAAGUUUAGAAAUUAUAUUUAUGCAUUUUUUACAGAUCAUUGUCAUUCAUUGUUGCUUGAGUGUUCAUCCGAUUUUAUAUUUAUGAUGUUAAAAAUAGACUGCUGACCAAUAAAUAAUAAAAAUAUUUACACUCUAUCCUAUUUCCCUGUAUUCACAUCCUAUUACUUAAUGAAAACCACUGUUUUUAAACAACCUACCACUAUUUUACUUGAUUCUCAAUAUGAGAAUAUUUUAUGAAUAUUUCACUAAAAUCUAUUCAAGGAAUUCAAAAGGACUCUCCUGCAGAGCAGAAUAUUUACAUUAUUAUUUUUUUUUACAUUUUAACAUGGCAAUUGAAACUUGUUUGAGAGACUCAACUUGGAACUUCAUGACAUAUGAAGGCAGAAUCAUUUUUCUACCUGUCUGAAUGAGCACUUUGUAAGUUUACAUAAAAUUAAGGAUUAUGAUUUCUAAGAUAGGUAUACUUUGCAAAUGUUUCUCUAUAAAAAUGGAAGCCUCUUUCUCAUAGUGCUCACUGUAAGGCUUUCUGUAGGCCUGCUGAUAAGAUUCACUGCUGUUCAGGUACAUAAGAUGUAAUGAAAUUGGAGGCACAUGCUGGGCUUUGUAAAUAAAAUGAGAUUGACCCCCAGCAAUUAUCUCAUUUAUCUGAUUUACAUUGUAAAAUCAGGAUCUACGCUAUUGAUUAGAACAUAAUUAGUUAAUUAUGAACAAGGAAAUACAAAGUUACUUGGAGCUUGAGCACAGCAGGUUGUACUGCUGAAAAAUUUCCAAGGGCAUGAGCAGAUGGAGAUCAGUUUAUUAAAGAACAAAGCAGACGUGUUUCAGGUAUGGAAAUGUCUAAUCCUUCUCUCAUGCUGUGGAGAGGCACUUGACCUUAUUGGAUAUUUUUAUAUGAAUUGUUUUGUCUCAUCUUUCAUUUUUUUGUUUCCCAUUUAAUCUUGUAAUCUGGCUGCUGCAGACAUAACUGAACUGAUCCCACUCUUGAAGUGACUAUUAAAUAUAGAUUUGGAUUCCAAUACGUUUCCAAUUUUUUAAAAUUAAUUUUAUGUGUACUUUUAUGUGUAAAUAAUAUUUUUGUCUAUCUUACUACUCAUUCAUUUAUUAUUGACUGAUAGAGAAAUCUAUAGUGGUAUUAAUGAAAUAGGUUCAAUUCCUGCACAUUAGUCUAUUUGUGAAACAAAAGACGUUUUCUAAUUAUUUUGUAUAGAAACUGCUCAUGUAGGUAAUUUGCCCUAAAAUUGUUGUAAAUUACAAGGAAUAAUAUAUUGUACUUAUUGAUACUAAAUGUUAUUCAAUAUCGGUAGAAUGCAGAAUUUUGUGCAAGCUUGUAUUAUUUGUAAAGUGAUUUAACUCACUGAACACAAUUUGUAUUUUCUCCAUCUAUUAAGAUGUUUAAUUGAAAUAAUUGGCCACUAUUCAAUGAAAUAAUCACUACCUGUUAAUAGAUUUGCAUAGAUGUUUGAGAUGUUAGUGAGAUUUUUAUUUAAGUAAUGAUAAUAUUCAAGACUAAUAUUCUUGAACGUUCUUGUGUGGAAUUUUUACACAGAAGUGAAAAAGUUGGAAAAUUCAAAACACUAAUUAUCUGAAUAAUUUUUUUUAAGGGGACAGACAUCAUAGUCUAUAUUUUCAGAGUCCAUUUAUUGUUUUGCUUUAUGUAAGCUUAAGGCGCUAUAAGUAAAAUGUUCCAUUGGCAUGAAAAAUAGUGUGAUUAUCACAAUCAACUUGAUCACAAAAGUGUAUUCCCUUGUUCAAGCCUAUGUUAUGAAUUUUGCUUCUUUCUCAAGUUUAGCUUAUAAGUGGCUAUAAAUUAUUUGCAUAGGAGGUGCACUUAAUUUUUUCAGUUAGGUUUUAAAAAGUAGUUUUAGUUGACUCCUUUAAUGCAAUUAUCCAUUAGAAAUUAGAGAUGUUAAAGAAACCCUUUGGAACGCUGACUUUAGGCCUGUCUCUUAGGCAUAAGAAGAAAUAAAUCAGCUGCUGCUUUUUACUUGUUUGCAUAUUCUCAGUAGUCAGGUAAACACCUGACUUAAUUGCUUGUUAUAUGGAUCAUAGCACAUAUAAAGAUAAAUUGCUUUUCCCUCUUCUUUGUUUAGGGUGCUAUUCUUAAUCAUGUACUAAGUAAGUAUUUACAUACAUAUAGACUAUGUUUAUUUGGUCACUGUAUUUUAAUUAAUGUGUAAAAGACCAUAUAUAAAGCUACUUGUUAUUUACAUCUAUAUUCGUUAUUAAUCUGAUGCCUAGGAAGUUGCAUUUAGUAAGAAUCUAAUUAAUCAGGUUUGCCUUUAUCUUAUAAUUGGGAUUACUUUAUGCUCUGUAGUGUAAUUGUGUACAGUGUUUACUAGAGGCUUAAAUGAUACUUCUUUAAGCAUCCAGUUUUCAUUUUAUUAAAAAAUCUUAGUGUUUGUUUACAGGUUAGUUUUAUAUUCUCUUUUAAUAUUUUAAGACAUUGCUUUCCUAUUUAAUAAUGUGCUAUUGGCAUAAUAGUCUGUUUUUAUGACAUAGACGUUUGUGUUAUUUAAUAAAGUAUAUUGUCUUAUAUCACUAUACUUUUGUGGGUCAGUGAUUGCUUUUGCAAACGUUUUUUAAAAACAUUUUAUUCACUGUUUAUUUUGAUAAGUUGACUAUGUCCUAUAUUAUGUGCUGCAUGUCUUUCCAAGUUUGUGUAAGAAAUAAAGGUAGAAACCUUAAAUAAAAUUGGUCAAUAACUACUUUAA